UAUGGUUGUCCCGAAGCUGGCUUGCUGACUGACGAUUGUUUUUUCUUUUCUUUUUCGGGUUUCGUUUCCAACUGACUGACUGACUGACUGACUGACGGCGGUCUGCGAGGAUCAUGGUAAAUUACGCUCCGUUUUCGGCACCCAAGUCCGUGCAGCUGGAAAGCUUCACGGUUCGGCCAUCGUAUUCGGCUCCAGCUUCCAGCAGACCAGAAAUCUUCCAUCAUUCUACGCAUCCAACUUUCUGGAAGGGGUGGAUCAUCGUGCAGCUGUCCAAGUUAAAUCGAGUCGAUGGAUGGUUCCAAGUUGGUUCCAAGUUCGAUGCUCAACGAAAUCGGCCGGAAAUCGCAGUCGCAGCUCGUGUUUCGACUGUCCAAUGUGUGGGGCAUGUGUUUGCGGAUCAUGUGGCUUUGCAGUCUGGGGGGGUUCUGGAGUCUGGACAGAAUACCGUGCAGCGGCAUAAGCGACGUCGAAAAACUUCGACCACCACACAAAACGGCCUAUCCUCUCUACAUGCAGAAAUAAUCCUGAUCGUGUUGAGCAACCUUUCUCGUUCCGAUUUCUACAAUCUCUGCCUCGUAUCCAAACUUUUUCACACGUACACAACCCCCUACUUGUACAGAUCCGUGGACAUCGUGCUCAGUGGGUCUUCAUGGGAUGCGAAGGAACAUGUUUACAACAGCCUUUCUCUAGAAAAUAACCGAGGGUUGAGAUUUAUCACGAACUUUCGGUUCCUGCCCCACCAGUUCGUCAUAAGAGGAGGGUUCUGGGUCGUCUUGGCCCCGAUGCGGCAAAGGAUGUACAGCGGCUCAUGGGAGUACUGCUAUCAAAGGUCGGCCCAAAUGUAUUGCAACGGUUUGAAUGGUACCUCCCUAGUCUGCCGCUCCCCGAGGUCCGAAAGUUGCUCCAUCAGGAAGCCCUCACGAAAGUUUCCUGGAGCAUCUCUGGACGUCUCUGUCACAAUCUGGAGGUACCGCAGUUCUUAUUUAGUGUGGACGGCCGUGCAUCGCCUUUGGCCAGUGUCACGAUCAUCUCCAUAGCGGCGUCCAACAUUGACCAUAUCCGCGCGUGGCUUGUCGCAGUGCCCAGCACUCAAGGUCCUACGACUAGAAUGGAACCCACGCAUUCGCUACCAGUUCUUGGAGCGUGUUCCGAGGGGGUGCUUUUGGACCGAAAUUGGCCUCCACAAUUUCCCGCGCCUCACAACGCUCAAACUGAAGUGGACGAACGUAACCUAUCUCCA